AUGUUUGAACUGCGACCAGCUUGCGUCUUCGACACGAAACACAUCGACCAUCGCAGCUGUUUUGUUGCGGCAUCGUUUGCACCGGUUCUCCCCAAUCCUUUCUUGACCCCGGGCACCCUUGCUCAGCAGACACCCAGAGAGAUGGAUUCUCUACACAUCACCGAGUUUGGUUCGGAGCGAUAUCUGGACAAGAUUAAUCGGCCGCAGACAAGCAUUACGCCACCACCUUCCACUGCCGCGCCGCCCUCACAGUUCCUUCUUCCUUUCAGAGGUGCCUACCCUCCCGAAGCCGAAGAUGCAACAAUCAGGGCUAGCGAGCAGAAGCGUACCGAGAAGAAAGGCUUUCUCAGUUUUCGAAAGUUUCAUGCCAAGGCGACAUCGAGCUCUAACUCGUUGGAUCAAGGCGAACGUCGCUUCUUGGCCACAGAGCCGUUGCCCCGGCAGAGCACCUCUUUCGAUCGACAAUUCCACUUUUUGCCUACCGAGCUGCAAGUCGAGAUCAUUGCCUCACUCCCACUCUCUGACAUUCUCAACUUACGACUGGCAUCGCGGUCGCUACAUGCUUUAAUAUCGCUCAAUGAAGCCCCCAUCGCACGCCAUCAUCUCGAUAACCACGUUCCAGCUUAUGCCAAACGACUAUACCCGCCCCCUGCACCAUCGGCCCUGAAUCUUCACUAUCUCUGCGGAAUAUGGCACAGGCUUCAUGUGGCUGCUAAGCUAUCUUAUUUGAUGUGUGAGUGGAUAUCGCGGGAGCUCUUCCUUCGAAACACUGAAGAAAAGAAAAAGGCCUUUGCGCCUCAAAGGGAACGGAUGCGAAGACGCCUGAUCCCCCUGCUAUUCACCAUCUUUCAUUUUUUCGAGAUCUAUCGGGAGCACCACCUAAAAUAUCUCGCCGAAAAUGACGGCAAGGGCCUUCUCCGAGAACCGUACACGAUUAACCCUAUAGAGGCCCAAAUUAUGAGUUUGUAUGAUGACAAGACCUUGCUUCGAGUACAUGAGGUAUUUCCCUUGGUUAUAUCCUCCUUCUGCCGUCGCCUUCGUCCGCCGUCGUAUGUCGGCCUAGUUGAAAGGUCGAUCAGGGGUUAUUUGAGGGACAAGCCGCCGGAUGAGGUGCAUGUUGCAAUCCUGUGCAUUGGGGGCCUCAGAGAGGUGGAAAGGAUAUGGGAGGUGAAAGGAUACAAUACAAGACGGGCGGCCGUGGAUAACUGGUAUAACUCCAUCACACGCGACACGGCCGAGCAAGAACCCAAGAAAAAACGGGGCAUGCUGGGGUUGAAACGCAAGAAGUCCUCCUUCGGUAUGGGAAAGAAUUCGUUAGGAGACGCGGUGGUGGCCAAUGCUCGGGUUUUCGGAGAAGCCAGUAUGACGGCCAGAGAUCCGAUGAGCGAUCUCGUUUUCAACACUAGCCUAUCCACUGGCAGGCCUAUGGGGCCACUGGCCAGGGACCAGCUGAAGCUAUUGCUUUCCGACCUCCCAAUACUGCAAAAAAUCUUUCUGGAAACCGCCGAGGCCCUGAUUCUGGAACGGAAGAUAGUUGAACGUGCUUCUGAUAUUAAGCGCAACGCUCAAAUAUUCAUCGAUCUGAUCUGCGAAGACAGGCUUGAAGAGGAAGACCAGUGGUGGUAUGGCACUGUUGCCCCCGAGUCUGUACGACCCAAUCUUGAGGCCAUCGAGGAGGAUGUCCUAGAAUGA